AUUGCGCCAGCCCGAAGCAUUGGCAAUCUCGGCGGUGGGUAUCGCUCAAUGGUGGAUAUCCUCAUUUCCAGCGCAACCCUUCAUCUGGGGUACGAUCAAGCUCCGCCGAGCGCAACCAAGCCUUUCCCUUCCCACUCUCGUGGACCCACCACCAUCCUCGUCCAUGGGUUCCGUGUGAACCGACAUGGGGGAUCGUAGGUUUGCGUAUAAGUAUCGUCCUUAAGCCGUCCUGUUAAUACAUCCAUCCGCAAAGCAUUGCAGUCACUCAUUCUUCAGUCAUUCCUUUCUAACUUUCUCGCUUCACCAUCAAGAUGGUCUCUGCUAAGUUCUCUGCUCUUCUCCUCGGCGCUGGCGCUCUUGUGUCGGCUGCCCCAGCCCCGACGCCUACUCAGGCUGCUCAGCUCAAGGACCGCGCCGCAAGCUGCACCUUCUCCGGUGCCAACGGCGCUGCCUCUGCCAGCAAGUCCAAGGCCUCCUGCGCUACCAUCGUCCUGAGCAACGUCGCCGUUCCCUCAGGCACCACUCUCGACCUCACCAAGUUGAACAGCGGCACCACCGUCAUCUUCGAGGGUACCACCUCCUUCGGCUACAAGGAGUGGGAAGGUCCUCUGAUCUCUGUCUCCGGCACCAAGAUCACCGUCAAGGGCGCCAGCGGCCACGUCAUUGACGGCAACGGUGCGAAGUGGUGGGACGGCAAGGGCUCCAACGGCGGCAAGACCAAGCCCAAGUUCUUCUACGCACACUCGAUGAAGCAGUCCACCAUCUCCAACCUCAACGUCAAGAACACCCCCGUGCAGGGUUUCUCCAUCAACUCCGCCACGGACUUGACCCUCGAUCACAUCACCAUCGACAACUCGGCCGGCGACACCGACACCGGCGGCCACAACACCGAUGCAUUUGACGUCGGCUCGUCGUCUGGCAUCACCAUCUCCAACGCCAACGUCAAGAACCAGGACGACUGCCUCGCCAUCAACUCGGGCACCAACAUCCACUUCGUCGGCGGCACAUGCAGCGGCGGCCACGGACUCUCCAUCGGCUCCGUCGGCGGCCGCUCCGACAACACCGUCGACGGCGUCGUCAUCGAGAACAGCAGCAUCUCCAACUCCCAGAACGGUGUGCGCGUCAAGACUGUCUACGGUGCUACCGGCAAGGUCAACAACGUUACCUACAAGGACAUCACCCUCUCCAACAUCAGCAAGUACGGUGUUGUCCUUGAGCAGGACUACGAGAACGGCAGCCCGACUGGCACUGCUACGACUGGUGUCCCGAUCACUGACCUGACCCUCAGCGGUGUCAAGGGAUCUGUCGCCAGCAGCGCCACUCCGGUUUACAUUCUCUGCGGAAAGGGCAGCUGCUCCAACUGGAAGUGGGAUGUCGCCGUCACUGGCGGAAAGAAGAGCACCAAGUGCUCCAACGUGCCUUCGGGUGCUUCCUGCUAGAGAGUUCUCUAGCGCGUUGAGCAGGAAAGCGAUGGGAGGCUGGGCGGCGGGCUCGUGGUGGGCAGCGACAGGUGCAGAGGACGCCUUUUCGUUUCUUGGUAUAUACUUUUCUACUAGUAGCUUUUAUAAGAAGAC